GUGAGAUGUGAUUGGUGACAGCUUGUCACAUGGUACAAGGCUGUUGUGAAUAGCCUUGUACCAUGUGACCUCUGUGAUCAUUCACAGAUUUCACAAGUAGUAAGCAAUGACAUCAGGAAGUUACAUCUUGUUUACUACUAUUAAUGUGAUCACUGAUUGGCCAAUCAGUGAUCACAUGAAUCAGGACCUCAAACAGAGGCCCCAUACAGCGAUCGCGGUGUCGCUGUGUCUGGAGGACACAGCGGAACACCGAUCACUGUACGGGACCUCUGUGUGAG